GUUCGGAGUCUGUCCCGAGUUCUAAACCAGAAGUCCAUAACUAACAUUCUCUUCCUCCUUCACCCACACACAACAAACAGAAAAUUUGAGGUGGAAUUUUCAAGUCUCUCUGAUUUUCCCAAAGUUUGGAGCAUCCUCCGUCAACAACGAGGUUUUCACCACGUAUAUCACCCAAUCAUGCUACGUUCCAAAUCCAGAUCUGGAUCGGUUGAUUUUCGACAGAGCAGCCAUCAUCAUCACUCGGUGUUUGCAAGAACAAUCUCUGCUUCCAAGUUCUGUAGAGGCGACGCUUUAGGAUCGCAGAUCGAUCCCGACGCCGUUGUUUCUCUCCAACGGAAGCCUUCCAAGACUGAUGAGAGUGGGAUCAAUAGAGUCAAAGUAGUACUGCAGGAGCAAAUGGGGGAGCUAGAAGAGCAGCUGAGGGAAACCAAACAAAAACUAGGUUUCGCCGAGGAGGAGAGAAACCGAGCCCUUCAGGAACUAAGGGAGAUAAAAGAUGUAGUUCAGGAAAUCAGGGCAUUAAAGGAUUUGUUGUCUAGUACACGAGAAGAGUUGAAUGCGAAAGAUAGUGAUAUCCGGUCUUUGAGAGCGGAGCUGGACAGUGCUAGGGCGUUUGAGCUUAAGUUGUUGGAAAGAGACUCGAGUUUAGAGAGAUUGAAGGAGGAAUUGGGCGAUGCAGCGAAGGAUUUGUUGGAUGAUCACAGGAGGAAAAUCCAGGAGCUAGAAGAUGAAGUGGAGGACACGAAGCUGGCGGAGUGUAAGGCUUUGGAUUCCCUGGAGUGUCAGACGAGGGCGCUUGAGCAAAAUAAGAUUGAGUUGGAAGAACAUAAGCAGAGAAUUGGUUCACUUCUAGAGAGGAUUCAGUUGUUGGAGGCAAAUUCCGGGAAGAAAAGAAGCCAGUCCAGUGAUUCUUCUGAUGAAGAUGUUGGUGAUUCGAUGAGAGAAGAAUCUGAACUUCGAGUGAUAAAACAGAGGCUGGCAAAAUCUCAAGAGAGCGAGAGAAUCGCGUUAUCAAAGGUUAGUAAGUUGACAGAAGAACUGAAUACGCUCAAGAAUGAACUGAGGUUUGCUACUGGUGCAGAGGAACAGAGCAGUCAGGCAAUGGAUGAUUUAGCACUAGCGCUAAAGGAAGUAGCAACAGAGUGUGCCGAGACUAAAGAAAAGCUUUGCACUACUAAGAUGGAGCUCGAUGAAGCGAAAGAGGAGAUGCAAAAGUAUGAGAAGCUUUUGGAUGAGGCGAAAAUUGAAAUCGAGCUGCAGAAAAAUACAGUUGAGAGGUUGAGAUCAGAAGCCGAGGAGUCAAUUUUCGCUUGGAAUGGGAAGGAGAUGGGAUUUGUGACUUGUAUCAAGAGAGCCGAGGAAGAAAGGGCGCUUGCUCAACAUGAAAACACUAGGCUGGCCGAGGCGCUAAAAGCAGCUGAGCACAUGACUAGGGCAGCAAGGGAAGAAACCUACAAACUAAGGGAUAUAAUGAAACAGGCUGUUAAUGAAUCCAAUGCAGCAAAAUCAGCAGCUGAUAUUGCACGGGCUGAAAACUCUCAGCUCAAAGAUCUGUUGACUGACAAGGACGAAGCCCUGCAUUUCCUUUCUCGUGAGAAUGAACGUCUGAGGAUCAACGAGGCUGCGGCUAAUGAGAACGCCAAGCAGUACAAACUAAUGCUUUCUUAUGUGUCACAAGAGUUGAAAGUUGAGGAAAAGGAUCACGAGGGGAUGAAGACCCCGAAUACAGAUAGCGAGGGGCAUGAAGAAGAAGAGGAAGAAGAGGAGCACAAACAGGAUAGGAAAUUCAGCAUUGAUCUCAGAGAGCUGGCAUUGCUCAAAGAGGACGACGAUGAUACACAAUCAAGAAUCGAGCACGAGGAUCCUGAAAAGGCCGAGGCACUCAAGGGCUCCAUCUUUGAUACCCCUUACUCACCCAAGUCAGAGCCGCGCACCCCAAAGCAACGACCAGCUCAUCAUCGCCGCAAGUCUACUGCCUUUGCAGAUGCUGAAGGAUCACCGAAUGCAGAAGAUGGUGAAAAUAUAGAUAGUCAUCAUGUAGAUGAGUCAGAUGGUGAAAAGAGUUCACAUAGAAGAAAAAAAGCAUUGCUUCGCAGAGUUGGAGACCUCAUAUUGAGAAAGAGUUUCAGUAGGAAGGAGCCAUCCCCAGUUCCACCACCAUCGUCCCCAGCAGCAUACAAUCCGUCCCCAGCCCUGGAGUAGGCCUAUACUGCACAUAUAGCUAAACCUGAAAACGGUAUGAAUUUUUUGUUUCAUAUUAUCCUAUAAAGAAAUGCUUUCUUUUAUUAGGGAGAAAAAUGAGGUGACAAAUUAUAAGCCUCUUUUUUCGCCUUUAAUUUUUUUUUUAAUUUUUAAUUUGUAACUUUUUUACUUGCUCUUGGCAAUCUUUUACUAUGGCAUUUGUACAGAGCAAUCCAUCAUAGAAAUCUAUUUUCAUUUGGAAACAUCCCAUGGAAAGGAAAUGCCAUUGUGUACUAACAAUGAGAAAGCUAGUGAAUAUGUAAAUUUGAAUACAAAUAUUGAUUGUAAAUAAGUUGGACACAACAUUCUGGGCAAUAUCAUGAAUGUCAUUCAUUUCAU